UUGCUACACCACCCUUCCCCUUUAUCUUUUUGUUUGUCUUCCCCUAGUUGUCCGUCCUUGUCUCUGUUUCUUUCUGUCUGUGUUUCUUGGGUUUCUGUCCCUGUCUUCGCUGCCAAGCUGGAUUUCCUGCAGGUGAAGCAUCUGAAGAGGAAGAGGAAGAGCAACUACAGUGUCAGAGAAACACAGACUCUUAUCAGAGAGAUCCACAAGAGGAGGGGCGUGUUGUUCUCCAGACAGCAGAACACAGCCAUUAACGAGCUGAAGAGAGAGGCAUGGGAGGAAGUGGCACGAAGUGUCAAUUCUCUGGGGGAGGGAGAGCUUCGAACUGCUGUUGAGGUGAAACGUCGUUACCUGGACUGGCGUGCUCUGAUGAAGAGAAAACAGCUUCAGGUUGAGCUCGCCCUCUCCUCCUCAUCCUCUUCUGUGGCCCUUAAGACCGAAUAUGAUCAACCCUCCCCUGAGCAUGAGACAGCUUCUCUGGGACCGGAGUGUGACCAGCUUCUUGACCUCUCAGGCCUCCCAAAGGAUUGUCACUGUGACUGGCCAGAGCUGGCGGCUCUCAGUGAGCCGAGCGGGCAGGUCGUGAUGGGACCGCCGGGUGUUAAGAUGGAGGAGGACAUCACUGAAUACAGACUGGAUGGUGACGGCGAUGUGGGAGAUGGGGAAAUAGAUGAAGAUGAUAUUCCGUCCCUUCUAAGAGACAUCGAGUCACGUGGGGAGGGCCAUGUUGGUGAUGGUUUCUCUCACAACAACGUGGGCAUGUUUAGCCCCACCAAGGCCCCGACCCCCACCUUCACAAGAGAUUUGCCACUUCCUGGUGGCCCAAUGGGGAUGCCAAGCCAAGCUCUUGGUGGACUAACCAAUUAUGAAAACAAGGGAGCGGGGAUUCUAGUUGCUAUUGAGAAACAGCGACUGGAGCUGGAAAAACAGCGUCUGGCCGUGGAAAGUGAACGCCUGGUGGUGGAGAAAGAGCGGCUGGCGGUGGAGAAGGAGCGGCUGCGUCAGAUGGAGGUAGAGAGGGAAAGACUGCAGCUGGACAGAGAGAGGUUACAGGUGGAGAGGGAGAGGCUGAGGCUUCUGCUCCUCAGCCAAUCAGAGUACGUUGACUCUUCCUUUAACCUGCCAGCACAACAAGGCCUGCCCUCCUCCUCCACGUCCUCUUUAUCCUCCAGUCAUGAUGGACAGAGGGAGAGAGAGAAAGAAAGUAAAGGCUGGAUGUCAGUAGUGGACCUGGAAACAGAGAGGCUGAAACUGGAGAAGGAGAGGCUGCAGCUGGAAAAAGAGAGGCUGCACUUCUUCAAAUUUGAGGCUGGCAGACUGCAGAUUGAGAGAGAUCGCCUCCGAGUGGAGAAAGAAAGAAUGCAGCUGCACAAAGAUCAUCAGGGCCACUGAGAAAAUACUCAGACGAGAAGGAGAAUGAAUGAAAGAAAUAAAUACAUAACAUUUUCACCAGUUCCCAGGAGAACUUUAAACACUGAAAACAACCCAAAAUAUGUGGAUAUGCAUCAGACCUGCUCCCUUAUCAAGUUUCCCACACAUGCUUAAAUGAUUUUUGGAAAUUGGCCAAGGAGAAGACUGAUGAUGGACGCCUGGCCUAUUGAUGACCACCAUGAUAAAGCAGUGCCUUAUGAUGUCUUCAUAAAAUAAAAAACGCUGAGAUAAUAAAAUGUAGGAUUUGGCUGGCAAGCACAGUUCGUCCUGGGCACGUGUGUUUUAUAAAUUGUGAAAGCUGAAAAUUGUGACAGUAAAGUUUUAACAGUUGUUCAGUACACCAUCCCAAAACACAAAUGCACAAAAUAAAUGCUGGAGAAACACAUCCUCACUAGUACAGAAAUGUGUAAAGAAAGAAUGGAAUCAUGAUGUCUUAUUCUGCAUUCAUGCACCAAAUCAGUGCCAAGUAAUCUACUAAAUGGGUGCUUUAGACCAAUAUAAUUUAGCUUCCAACACUGUAAAAAGAAAAACAAAAGCGCAGAACUGUUACUUGUAUAGAGAGAUUUUUGGGUUGUCUAAUGUUUUACCGACGUGUAGAAAUAUAAUUUACAUUCUGAUGCUUGUGACUGUGUACAUUUACCACCAAUUUUAAACCAGCAUUUCUCGUUUGUCUCAUUAAACAAUUAAAAUUAUCUCACACGGCCAGCAGCCCAAUUUUAAUGUUUUCUUGUAUUAUAAUUCUACCUCUAAUAUGCAUAUAUCUAUGUAUUUAUGCAUGUUGUGUGUGCUUACUUAUUCAGGUCCUGUGACACUGUGGUAAUAAGUAUGAAUAUAAAGUUUGUUGAGGAACAUAAAUGGGACAUUCAGACAUAUUUUGUAAUGUUGAAGUGAGAUGAGCUGAAUAAAAUCUAUCUUACAACA